CUAAUUUGAUGUGAGCAAGGUUAUUUCACUGUUUUCUCCUACCACCUCCAGAUCAAGUUAAAACAUUUUCUUAUUCAAAAAAUAGACGUUGGUAAGAAGCAAGCUCUCUCUUAAUCGUUACAACCGAAAAAAAAAAAAAGAAAACGCAGGUUUGGAGGAAGUUUAAAGAAGAGUCACAUGAUAUGGACAUGCCUUUGACGUGUUUGAUGCCGUGUCAAAGGCAAGGUAAACGUGUCAAUAUCCUGUUUGAUGGUUAAUUUGAGAUUGUUUGUCUACGUGGUUACUUUGUACCCACAGUAAAAUCAAGUUUCUCUUUACAACGUUAAAAAAUAGGGUAAUACUUUCCACAGUGGGUAUUUCCGUAUUUCGUUUGAGUUCCUAUUUCCGCCUACAAGAUGGCACUGCGUUCAAGCAGGCGGCGAAGGACUUUAUUACGAAUUCUUAUUGUGCUUAUUCCCACUGCUUUUCUGCUUGCACGUAUAUACACAGAACACCGCGAGAAUUGCAGCUAUCAAUAUCCCCAACAAAUAGACCGCGGCCAGGAAAGUGUAGAUUUCAGCCAAGGGCGGAGAGAUUUCCAAACGGAAAAAUUCAACUCAAAGCAGCGUAGAAGAAACAUUUUGGUAAUUGCUCAUGGUAGAUCUGGCUCUACUAUAACUGGAGAUAUAUUUAACCACCAUCCAUCUGUAUUCUACCUGUUCGAGCCGUUACAAACCGUGGAGAGAAUUUUUAAAAAACUUGGCACCAGCGACGAACAUUAUGGAAGCCUCAUGGCAGACAUCUUAUCGAACUUGCUGCGAUGUAACUUUAGUAAACCGGUUCUCGAAGACUUUGAUCACUUCUACCGAUACCCGAGCCAUCGUCAAGCGAGCCACGCGAUUGGUUCGCCGCCUUUGUGUCCAUAUGAAAUGAACGAUCCCAAAUGGGAUCCAAAACUUUGUCCUCCGAUGACGAGCGAAUCUCUAGGAAGCAUCUGCAGGGACAAGUACCCUGUCACCGUGGCAAAAAUUCUCAUGAGUCGCAUCGCAGGAAACAACAUUAAGAAUAUUUUGGAAGCGUGCAAGUCUUCGGAUGCUGAUUGCCAAAUUAUAUUCCUCGUAAGAGACCCUCGGGCUGCCAUCCCGUCAUCUCAGAGUGUCGGUUUCUUCAGUAACCGCGGAAGCCAGCUGAGUAAAAAUGGUCUUCGCCUCUAUAGCUAUCAGAAAUGUAAGAAAACGGAGGAAAACUUGGUUUUUCUAAAGAACCUUCCCAUCAGCAGGCGCAGACGUAUCAUGAUACAGCGGUACGAAGAUUUCGCAAUGAACCCACUGAAGGUGCUGUCUCGCCUGUACAACUUUGCUGGGUUACCUGUGCUGGACAGCGUGAAAACAUGGCUCAACAAAUCAACGCACCCGGUGCAGGACCCAGAGAAAAUGAAGAUAGAGGGUCACCCGGUCUUUCACACAGUGGAUGACGCUUCAGUGGCUGUCAAUCGUUGGCGGUGGAAGGUGGAUCCGUGUGAUAUUGAUAUCAUUGAGCAUUACUGUAAACAAGUGAUGCAGAUGAUGGGGUAUACUCUAGUCGACCGGUCAUACGAUUUAAUGGCUAACAUCAGUAUUCCGCUGUUCAAUGAAGAAUACGAAGCAAAGAAAUGGUUUCUAAACUGACUGGCGCCGAGGAAUGGAUCGAUAGAUAGUUGAUGCACUUUUUCAUGCAUCAAAUGCAUAGAUCAAGCCAAAAAUAAAAAAAUAGAUCAUUGAAAAGUUAGCAAUUUACUUUUUACUGAUACAAACCCAGAAUUAAGUAAAAGCCGUGUAUCCAUUAAGUUAAAACAAUACUGAGAUAUGUAAUCGAAGUUAAGGGCUAUUCGGCAAGAAAGGUGAAUAAAAACUGUACAGACAUUGGCCAUGUGGUUGGCAUAAGCUUUAGAAAUGAAGGUAAAAUUAUAAUAAAUAAACUCUGCAAAGGUCGAUCCAUUGCCUAGCUGUCGACUUCUUGAAUCGUCUGGGAUUGCUGAAGCCGGAGUGAUCUAAACGUAACUUAACGACACACCUUAAGAAUAAGGCUUAUACGGGGGAUGAACUCUCUUAGCCCUCAUUCUCUCUUGUCCAUGGUUAUUGACGUUCUCAUGUCUUUCAUGAGACCGCCCCCUUUUAUCUAUGUAGCUUAGAAAGUUUGAUGAUGCCGGACUGGGGAAAUUUGCAUUAUUACAAAAAAAGGCUACUCGGACAUAUGAAGUCAUAAAAUUAUUCUCUUGUUAUUCAGAACCAUCAAAGUCUCAGACUGUCAAAAGUUUCAAAUUCCUGACAUUUGUCAAAACAACAAUGAUUGAGCCGUAGUAGCAGACUGGUAUCACAUAUUAUAGCUUACUAUGUUAAAAAAAAAAAUCUUCAGGAAACAGUAACUUGAGAGAAGAAAACUGAACAUCUUGAAACAUUUUUCAAAAAAAGAGUUAGAAGUUGGGUUUUUAUAAUGCAUCAAAACUGUACUAAGCCACCUUAAACUACUUGUAUAGCCUGAUUCUCAGACGUCCGAGAAACGGGAAGCGAAGGGGCCGCGAACGACCUCGGACGUCUGAGAAU